AUGAGUGAUUGCUUUAUUCUUUAUGAAGAGAUUAAUUGGUUAGAUAAAAAACUUGGUAAAGGAUCAGCGGGUGAAGUUGUUCUUGGAGAAUACAAAGGAAAAAAAGUUGCUGUCAAACAAUUCGCUAAUGAUGACAUGAAUGAAAUAAUUGAUGAACUUAAAAAACAUAAAAAUCUUCGAUCUGAAUAUAUCAUUGAGUUCUGUGGUGUGGUUAAGUCCCCAAAUGACAGAACGUAUUUGGUCACAAAAUUUGCUGAAAAGGGAACUUUACGUGAUUUCCUUGAAAAAAAUGAGCAUGAAUGGUACAAAAAAGCAAAAAUGGCAGUCGAUAUCGCGAAUGGUUUGAUAGAAUGUCAUAACCAUGGCAUCGUACACUCUGACCUUAAAGCUGAUAAUAUUUUGGUGGAUAAGCAUUUGACAUUAAAGAUUGCUGGCUUUGGUUUGAGCAUUACAAAAGAGGCGUUAGACCUUGGAGAACAUGCUGGAGGAGCUCUUAAAUGGAGAGCACCUGAACGUUUUGCUUAUAAUCCCAAACGAUAUCAAAAGUACAUUGAAAAUUCAGAAUUUUCAAAACUACUUGAAAAUGAAGAAUUAGUAAACCAUUACAAAAAUCGGCCACAGCUUUCAG